UGCUGAACUCGGGUGGGGGUAGGAAGGAAACAGUUCCUGGAGCAGCAUCCUGUCAGCGCUAGCAGCUGAGGUGCGGAUAGAGAGGCUGCGGAGGGCGGAGGAGGCACAGUAGGCGGCAGCGGAACAGAAGAAAGUGUUAGAGCCGGUUCGGCUUUAGAGUGUGGUGAAGGGUACUUUUCAUGGUGCAUGGAAGGAAAGCCAAUGCGCAGGUGUACCAACAUUCGACCAGGAGAGACUGGAAUGGAUGUAACAAGUCGCUGCACCCUUGGAGACCCCAACAAACUGCCAGAAGGGGUUCCCCAACCUGCCCGCAUGCCCUACAUCUCAGACAAGCACCCUCGACAAACUCUGGAAGUGAUUAACCUCCUAAGAAAGCACCGGGAGUUAUGCGAUGUGGUGCUAGUUGUGGGCGCUAAGAAGAUAUAUGCUCAUCGAGUCAUUUUGUCAGCCUGUAGCCCCUACUUCCGAGCUAUGUUUACAGGAGAGUUGGCUGAGAGCCGCCAGACAGAAGUAGUGAUUCGAGACAUAGAUGAGAGGGCUAUGGAACUACUGAUUGACUUUGCAUAUACCUCCCAGAUAACUGUGGAAGAGGGCAAUGUUCAGACCCUUCUGCCAGCUGCUUGCCUCCUCCAGCUGGCAGAAAUACAGGAAGCCUGUUGUGAAUUCUUAAAGAGACAAUUAGAUCCUUCUAACUGCCUGGGCAUUCGAGCUUUUGCUGACACACAUUCAUGUCGUGAGUUGCUAAGAAUAGCAGACAAGUUUACUCAACAUAACUUUCAAGAGGUGAUGGAAAGUGAAGAAUUUAUGUUACUUCCAGCCAAUCAACUCAUUGAUAUAAUAUCUAGUGAUGAACUAAAUGUCCGAAGUGAAGAACAGGUGUUCAAUGCAGUGAUGGCCUGGGUCAAAUACAGUAUUCAAGAAAGACGACCUCAGUUACCCCAGGUACUACAGCAUGUUCGCCUGCCCCUGCUCAGUCCCAAGUUCCUGGUGGGCACUGUAGGAUCCGACCCCCUCAUUAAAAGUGAUGAAGAAUGCAGGGACUUGGUAGAUGAGGCUAAAAAUUACCUCCUAUUGCCUCAAGAACGACCACUAAUGCAAGGACCAAGGACUAGACCACGGAAACCUAUUCGAUGUGGAGAAGUACUUUUUGCAGUUGGGGGUUGGUGCAGUGGAGACGCUAUUUCCAGUGUUGAACGAUAUGACCCACAGGCCAGUGAAUGGCGAAUGGUAGCUUCAAUGAGCAAAAGGAGAUGUGGAGUUGGGGUCAGUGUUCUUGAUGACUUGUUGUAUGCAGUAGGAGGCCAUGAUGGAUCCUCUUAUCUCAACAGUGUUGAAAGGUAUGACCCCAAAACAAACCAGUGGAGCAGCGACGUAGCUCCCACCAGCACCUGCAGGACAAGUGUCGGUGUGGCCGUGCUUGGAGGCUUUCUCUAUGCCGUGGGUGGCCAGGAUGGUGUGUCUUGCCUCAACAUUGUUGAGAGGUAUGACCCAAAGGAGAACAAGUGGACUCGAGUGGCUUCAAUGAGCACCAGAAGACUGGGCGUGGCCGUGGCUGUGUUAGGAGGGUUCUUAUAUGCUGUAGGUGGCUCUGACGGGACAUCUCCACUCAACACAGUGGAGCGCUACAAUCCUCAGGAAAAUAGAUGGCACACCAUCGCCCCUAUGGGCACCCGAAGGAAACAUCUAGGCUGUGCAGUGUAUCAGGACAUGAUCUAUGCUGUGGGAGGGAGAGAUGAUACUACAGAGCUUAGCAGUGCUGAGAGAUACAACCCCAGAACUAACCAGUGGUCUCCAGUGGUGGCGAUGACAUCCCGCCGUAGUGGAGUUGGCCUGGCGGUGGUAAAUGGACAGCUUAUGGCUGUAGGAGGCUUUGAUGGCACAACGUAUUUAAAAACCAUUGAAGUUUUUGAUCCUGAUGCCAACACAUGGAGGUUAUACGGCGGGAUGAAUUAUCGACGGCUAGGGGGUGGUGUCGGAGUUAUUAAAAUGACACAUUGCGAAUCCCAUAUAUGGUGAAUAUUUGGAAUACAGUGAUGUAUAUGCUCCUCUGUAUUUCUGGAAAGCUUUGACUUUGGAACUUUGUACAGCUCAAGAAAACACUAGAACAAAUUUUAUUCUUUGCCGGUGCCUCAAUGAAUGAAAAUACAAAAACAACGAAAGUACUUCACCUGCAAGAUGCCACCUUUGCACAAUAAUUUUCAAUUCUGUGCAGAAAAAUAUUUAUUUUUUGUUUUAAUUUAUGGACUUGUUUGUUGUUGGGUUUGGGUUUUUCAUUUUUUUGUUUUGGUUUGGUUUUUUUGGUUUUAGCCUUCCUCUCAUGAAAAGAAAAAAAAAAAACUACCAAGCAGUAAAAUAUUAUUUUUAGGAUAUUGUUUGAAAAUAUUAAUAAGGGGAGAAGGGCUAUGUAUGAUCUAGUUCUUGUAUCUAGGCACUCCAUCCACAUGACUCCACUUCUUAAAAGGACUACCCAUAACAAAGUAAUCAAAGUGUUUCAGUAGCCACCAUUACUACACUAAGCACCAGAAGACUUGAACAUUUAAAAAUAAAUAAAUAAGGAAACAUCUCAUUUUAAAUAAUAUAACUGAAAAGGAAUAUCAUUAACUCAACCAAACCAGGCCGGACUAACACACUAGUUUUUAUCACUGUGAGUUUGCAUCUUGUUUCCUUCCAUGUGUGCUUGUUUUCUGCUAUAUUUCAAGUCUUUUCUCAUAUUUUCAUAGUUUGUACUAGUUCUAGAGCUCUGCUCAGUGCCUCUAUAAAAACAGUGAUUCAUUCUCGUGUAUAGUCUUAAGAAUCCCCCAAUAGAAACAUGUGCAACUCUGCAAAAGAAUUUGCUCAAAAGCAUAACUGUCUAAAGCAACUCUCCUUCCUAUUUCCUUAUUGCUACUAAGGACCAGCAGGGAGAAAUGUCCUCCUCCCAGCAGUGAAUAUUGUUAUGCAACUUAACUUGAUGCUCAGGCCUGCUGAAGCUGAGGCUCACCUGUAACAACCUCCAAAGGAAUGAAUGCUUUGUUAUGUUCAUUUAAUAGCACAUGCUAAAUGAGAGUAAAAUUAAUCAAGACAUUAAUUACAUCUUGGUUCUUUUAUACAAACUAUAUAUCAUUACCCUCAUUCUAUAAAGCCACUGUUACUCUCAAAUUGCACUUUCUGGUGAAAAAUCAAAAUUUUUAAGGAAAAACAUGACACAAAUAUCAUUGGUUGAAGUUCUGUCAUUGUGUUCAUAGACCAAUUUUUUUCACUGUAUUUUGCAGGAAAAUCUUUGAAUAGAUUUUAAUCACAACCAAAAGGAAUCUUCUUAUUCCCCAGUUUAAAAAUGUUUGGCAACUUUUGUGUUUACAUUUAAUGAUCAUUUGCACCUUUACAAGGAAAAAAAUAAGUAUUUGGUAAACAAUUGUUUACAUGUAUCAUUUAUGCUUUUUUCUAGCAUGUAUAACUUUUUUAAAUAAAGGUAGUUUUUACCAUAAAAAUGUUUGGCUA